AUGUCGACCAACGGCGGCGGCGACAUCGUCUUCGUCAAUGCCACGGUAAUCGAUGGCUCCGGCUCUGACAGAUACGAAGCAAACGUUCUCGUCCGCGAAGGACGAAUCGAACAGAUCUCAACAGGCAGUGCGCUGCCUACUCCGAACCGUUCGAACGCACGAAUUGUCGAUUGCGAAGCAGGCAAAUACGUCCUAUCGCCGGGUUUUAUUGAUAUGCACGCACAUUCAGACUUGAGUCUUCUGCACACGCCGUCUCAUGAAGCGAAGAUCACACAAGGCUGCACAACAGAAGUCCUAGGCCAAGACGGCAUCUCCUACAGCCCCGUCAACGACACCACGCUCUCCCGCAUCCGAAAGCAAAUCGCAGGCUGGAACGGCAACCCCACAGAUCCACCGGACUUCUUCGACCGCUGGAGGUCCGUAAAAGAGUAUCUGGAUGUUCUGGACCUGGAGAAGAUUGCUACUAAUGCGGCGUAUCUGGUUCCGCAAGGCAAUUUGCGGAUUUUGGUGAAAGGAUGGGAUUCCAGUCCUUGCUCUCCGAGCGAGAUGGAGGAGAUGAAGGAGAUCUUGUCGAAGGCAUUGGAGGAGGGCGCGGUGGGUAUGAGUUCAGGACUGACGUAUGUUCCGGGUAUGUUUGCGGACAAUGACGAGCUGGCGAACUUGUGCGAGGUGGUGAAGCAGUAUGGCGGAUACUACUGCCCGCAUCAUCGGUCGUAUGGCAAGGGUGCGAUGGAGGCGUAUAGGGAAAUGAUUGAGCUUGCGAGGAAGACGGGGGUAAGGUUGCAUUUGGCGCAUGCUACGCUGAAUUAUCCUGAGAAUGCUGGAAGGGCGGAUGAGUUGUUGGGGAUGAUUGACAAGGCGUUAGGAGAUGGGGUGGAGAUUACUUUUGAUACUUAUCCGUAUCUGCCGGGGAGUACUACGCUUGCGAGUACGUUGCCGAGUUGGGCUGCGGCGGCGGAUGACAAGCUUGCUGUUCUGAACGAUGAGGCUAAGUUGGAGAAGAUCAGACAUCAAGCGCUGGUGGAAGGGACGGAUGGUUGUCAUGGCUGUACGCUGGGCUGGGACAUCCUCGAGAUCGGCGGCGUUUCUGAUCCAUCGCUGGCGUCGAAGUACGUGGGCAAAACGUUGGCGCAGAUUGCAGAGGAGCGGCAGAAGGAUCCAUUUGACGCAUACAUCGAUGUGCUGAAGGAAGACGACUUCAACUCCACCAUCCUGUCCCACUCGGGCCACGAGGGUAACGUCCGCAAGAUCAUGCGACAUUCCAGGCAUACCGGCGGUUCAGACGGGAUCUUGACCUCGACGAAGCCGCACCCACGCGGUUGGGGGACGUUUGCCAGAUACAUCGGCCACUAUGGUCGUGAUCUGAAGCAGGGCCAGGUCAGGAACAUCUACAGUCCAGACCGAAGUGACGAGUUUGAAAGUGUCGAGCCAGAGACCAUCUUCGAAGGCGGUCUGGAGGAAGCAGUUGCUCAUCUGACAUCUCGUCCAGCUCGAGUCAUUGGCAUGAAAGAUCGCGGUCUGGUCAAGGAAGGUUACCGGGCGGAUCUCGUGCUAUUUGACCCCGAGGAGAUUCGAGAUGCUGCCACGUUCGCGGACCCGAAGCAGCAGGCGAAGGGCAUAUGGGCGGUGAUGGUGAACGGGGUCUUUGCCUUGGAUGAGUGGAGGGCAACGGGGGCCCGCGCGGGGAGGACUGUACGCUCGAGAGGGAGUGGAGCCGCUUUUGCUGUGCAAUGA